AUGGACGACACACGGGAUCACUUACUCCGUGGUUGGACAGAUGUUGAGCAGGCUGGCAGUAUCGACGGAGAGAAUGAACAACGAGACGAAAUAAAACAUUCCAGGAGAAUAACGAAACCUGUACGACAUGUUCACUUUGCCAACGAUGGAAAGCCAUAUGGAAACGCCAAGACACCAUCCAGGACACGAACACGGAAUUGUAGCUGUCUGAGUAACCCAAGCAGCAUGAUUCUUCUUGCUGCAACAAUGCUAUUCCUCGGAGUCGGAUAUGUCUACCAAUGGAAGGUUGAGACUGCGCUACAUCGAAGCUGGAUCCCCGAUGCUGCCAGCGUACGCUUCGGUGAUAAGCCGUUGCCUCCGCCGCCGGAGCAUCUGCAAAUUACCAACUAUACUCUGCCUCUACGGACACAAGGCCGGGAUAUCGUCGACAUCCGGGGUCGUCGCUUCAAGAUGGCAUCGGUGAACUGGUAUGGUGCAAGUGACGAGUUCUUUGUCACCGGAGGAUUAGAUAUCCAACAUCGCGACGACAUUGCUAAGACCAUCAAAAAGCUUGGAUUCAACAGCGUGAGGUUACCUUAUGCCGAUGAGCUGGUCAUUGAGAAUCCGAUUGUUGACGAGAAACACCUUCGCGCAAACAGUGACUUGAUAGGGUUGAAAGCUCUGGAUAUCUUCCACGCCAUCGUCGAGACACUCACCAAGGCCGGCAUUGCGGUUAUCGUCAAUAACCACGUCACCAGCGCGACCUGGUGCUGUGGUGCCAACCCUUGUGAUGCGGGUUGGUCUAACGAUCACUUAGGUCCCAUCUGUCGUGUAAAGCAGACUGAGGAAGAAUGGAUCCAGCACUGGGAGGCGAUUAUGCUACCACAUAUCAAGAACCCGCUUGUCAUUGGCGUUGAUCUAAGAAACGAGGUCCGCGGCCUCUGGGGAACUAUGCCAUGGUCCAAAUGGGCACCAGCUGCUGAAAGAUGCGGCAACCGACUUCUUCAGAUGAACAAGGACUGGCUCGUUAUCGUUGAGGGAACAGAAUCUUCCAACGACCUGUCUAGUGUCUGCAAGCGUCCUAUUCUGUUGGAUACUCCCCACACAUUAGUAUACUCAGCGCACGUAUACGCAUGGUCUGGCUGGGGCAGCUGGGAGGGACGGUUCCUUCAGCGUGACUACAAGUCAUUUGCGAAAACAAUGCGACACAACUGGGCCUACAUCCUCGAGAAGCAGAUCGCCCCGGUGUGGGUUGGCGAGAUUGGCGCCCCUGUGCAGCCAUCAGUGGGUGAUAUAAAUUACUGGCAGCAUCUGACGCGGUUCCUGCAGGAGAUGGAUGCUGACUUUGGAUACUGGGCACUCAAUGCGCGAAAGCCAAAGGGCAACGCCACGGAGAGAUAUGGCUUGCUGCAGGAUGACUGGAAGACGCCGGUGCUUGAUUACCGGAUGAAGGAUAUGCUAGAGCUUAUGGCGGCUUAG